UCCCACAGGUCCACAUGGUGCAUUUCGUGAUUACCAGGUUGAUGCUAUCACCUUGGAGUUUUCACCCAAAUUUACUUCUGAUAUGAAGGUUGAUUGAAGGAGUUAUCUGAUCAGUGAAUAACCUUCUUGAGAAGUUUCGCCAAUCGCUUUUCUUAUACCUCUUAACAUCUCCCAAUAAGUUUGUCUUAUUAGGAGUCUACAUGAUUGCAUUUGCGCUCCUCAUAGCCCCACUUCCAAUGGUGGCGGCUUCUGUUUAUAUCAAUGCCAAUAAUUCAAAUUCUAGUUUAAAGCAGGACAAGUCCACUUUGUCUCCUUUCCCGCUGCUGAUGAACAGAGUAUCAAAGUUAGCUCAUGGAGAUGGCUUAAUGCAGCAAAAGUAGUUUUAUCAUUCACUUAUGGGGUGUUGUUUCCUUCCUUCCAUAUUUCAUCUGCCAGAUACCAGGUCGCACGCCAACAACGACCUUUGUGAUCUGGGUUCUGCUUUCAGUGCUCAGCCCUAAGGAUUGUACUCAAUCCUGGCUUCUCCUUUUCCCCAUGCAAAUGCAUCUCUACCACAACAAGGAGAUUGGGCACUCUUGAAAUCAGUGACUAUCGCAGCUCUCUGCAUUGGUUUGGGACUCAUGUCAGUCAUUAAUUUUGCCACAGCGGAAACUGGUGCUUUACUGUUGGUCCCGAUUUGUUUGUUGGCUCGACCUUUGAGGCUUGAUCUUAGAGCUAGAAGUUUGAGAAGCUUUUCUAGGGUGAUUUGUAAUCUGGUUUUAGGGCAUAUUGCCUUUCCUCCAGCAACUUUCCUUGUAGUGAAAGGGGUGUUUUCUGGUUUUGGCACUUAUAAUGUUGAUAAUUUCUGGAAUUGGGUUGAGUCCCUUUGGGCAUAGAACAGUGCUACAUAUCUCUACGUCAGCAUGGUGCACCUGCCUUGCUGGGUGUUAUGCAUUCAUAUCCUAUUUCAUACCUGUUGACACUGCUUAGUCAAUUUUGUUCUGUACGUCAUUGUUCUCAACUGAAAGUUGAAGGUCAGCAGCAAUUUUUCCUAUGUUGUGUUGUUAUCAGAUUGCAAGUUGGUUUGCAGAAUUCUAGCAGCGGUAAGGAUUAAUAUUGCAAUAGAUGCUGGCAAUCCGUACUUUUUGCUUCAUGUUUAUGGCAGCACAAAACCAAGAAUUAGAACUGCCUUAACAUUCUACUGCCAUCUGCCAAAUGGAACUCUCAUUUCUGCAUCAGCAGCACUUUGGGCACCAAAACAGGGGGAACUUAGUGUUAGUAUGUUUACCAACAAUCAUUCUUGCAUGUAAAACAAGCCUACCUGUUUUUAGCAACCUUGUCAAGGUGUUUCUUUCCUUGUUCUUUUAAAUAUUAUGUUGUUAGAUGUAGUUCCAAUCGGUG